AAAAAAAAAAAAAUAAAGACGACCUUUUUAUAUUCUAAAAAUACCAAACAAACAGUUCUCAAGAGAAGCUCCUCAGCUUCCAAUUUUCAUGGCUAAAAUAGGACAAGACACCAAAGCUCUCUCCUAAGGCCAUCCAAAUUCCAAUUUCAAAAAAAAAAAAAAAAAGGAAACAAAAUCGCCUCAUUUUCCAAUUUUCUGUCUUUUCUUUCAGAUUUUCCUCUUUGGAGGUUCGAAUUAUGGUAGAGCUGUGCCUGAGGCGAAGAAUUCAGCGACGGAUGUUGGUUCUCCGGCGGUGCAUUCGUCGCCUCAUGGAUCGUCUCUUCAUGUCUUGCCUCGGCAAGACCGUCCGCUACCGGAUGCUCCCUCAGGCCAUGAUCAUGUCUCCUCCGGCAGUAGCCGACGCCGCCGCUGCCGCUGCCGCUUAUGAAUCACCGCCGCCGCUGCCGGAGGCUCUCGGUGACCUCGACGCCGACUCAGAUUUGGUCCAACUGAAGAUCAGCCUCCUAGGGGAUUGCAAUAUCGGAAAGACCAGCUUCUUGGUAAAAUAUGUGGGUGACGAGAAAGGGAAAGGGAAAGGAAAAGGACUGGAAAACGGAUUGAGUUCGAUUGAUAAGACCUUAUUUGUUGGAGGUGCUCGUAUUUCCUAUACCAUUUGGGAAGUUGGAGGUGAUACGAAAUCCCAGGAUCAUAUUCCUAUUGCCUGUAAAGAUUCUGUGGCAAUUCUGUUCAUGUUUGAUCUCACCAGUCGGUGUACUUUAAAUAGUGUCAUAGGAUGGUAUCAAGAAGCUCGUAAAUGGAAUCAGACGGCAAUUCCAGUUUUAAUUGGAACAAAGUUUGAUGAUUUCAUCCAACUUCCUAUAGAUUUGCAAUGGACAAUUGCAAGUCAGGCAAGAUCGUAUGCAAAGGCCCUCAAUGCAACACUCUUCUUUUCUAGUGCAACCUACAACAUUAAUGUAAACAAAGUCUUCAAAUUCAUCACAGCCAAGAUCUUUGACCUGCCAUGGACCGUGGAGCGCAAUCUCACCAUUGGGGAACCAAUAAUUGAUUUCUAAUCUGUUUUAUCAUCUUGUGUAUAGAGAGAACCUUUCCAAUUUCAGCGGAAGUUAUUUAAAAGUUAUUUCAAGUUGUUUCAUUUGAUGUAUUGGAGAAAGGUUGAGGCGGUGAGAGCCCACAUCUCCAUCCAUGAAUAUGACAUUUUGUUGCUCAACAGAUUCAGAAAGAGUUCCGAAUAAAAAAGAACAGAAAAAUGCGCGAGCUUUUUAUCUA